CAUUCCCUAUCCUCUCGAAACCGUCUCAGCAGGUCGGCGGUAUACAUAUCAUCCUCGCAACUCGUUAAGGGUUCGUUCUUUUGAUAUUUGAAAGAGCCGUCCGUAAGAAUGAUGAAUCACACGAUGAAGAAGAUUCUAGGAUUAGGUUUCAAGCAAGUGCAAUCUCCCUCUGUUGCCGCUCGGAUUCUUCCGGCGCGGCUUUACCAUGAAAGGGUCGUCGACCAUUACGAUAACCCCCGCAAUGUUGGAUCUUUUGAUAAGACCGACCCAGAUGUCGGAACGGGGCUCGUUGGUGCUCCAGCUUGUGGCGAUGUUAUGAAGCUACAGAUCAAGGUCGAUGAAAAGACUGGAAAGAUUGUCGAUGCGUGCUUUAAGACAUUCGGUUGCGGCUCAGCUAUUGCUUCCUCUUCCGUAGCUACUGAAUGGGUGAAGGGAAAGCAAAUGGAUGAAGUUUUGACUAUCAAGAAUACUGAAAUAGCGAAGCAUCUUUCCCUACCGCCAGUGAAACUACACUGCAGUAUGCUUGCAGAGGAUGCCAUAAAAGCUGCUGUUAAAGAUUAUGAAUCUAAGCGUGCAAAAUCAGGCUUGAGCGAUGGAAGAGUUGCUCCAGAAAAGGCGACAACUGCUUGAUAAGAUUAUAUGAAGUUCUGUGAGGGGAUUGAUGAUUGUAUGUACAUACAUAAUAACAUGGUGGCUUUGAUCUUUUGGUGAUUUCGUUCUAUGUUUGAAUUUUUUAUGGUUGCUUUAAAGUCGGGACAUGGCUGUUGGUGCCACUAGUGCUGCAAAAUAGACUAUUACUCUUUUAUCAAUGUAACUUUUAAUUGUUGUGGAUGCCUAUGACAUCUUAAAAUAAUCUUGGACCUGAUGAUUUGUAGUUCAUCUUUUGUC